AUGAAAGUCGCAAUUAUUGCUUCGCUCUUCAUUGGAGCCCUUCCCGUCUUUGCCAACCCAGCCGCCCUCGUUGACUCUACCAAUGUUGUGAAGCCGGAGCAGAUCAGCCGUGACCUUGCUCUUACUGUCCUGGAGCAGAACAACACCUUCCUCAGAUGGACCUACAAUUACCAUCCUGGCGUCGAUCUGGCAUCUGCUGCCGAUGCCGCCGCCCUGGCUCCCAGGGCUAACAUCCACUGGCCUGGAGUCAACGAAAGAGUUUCUAUUGCCCUCGAGUACGCCAAGGUCACCAUCAUCAGACUUGCCUUCAACGAGAUCAAGGUCAUUGUCGAUAACCUGACUCGACAUGCCAUCAAUGUCAUGCUUGAAUGGGAUUUGGGCGAUGUGGAUGAUAGGGUUCCCGCUGGUGCUACUACCUCUAUCACGCAGCGCAUUCAUCAGGGUACUUCUCAGAGUAUUGAUGUCAGCGCUUACCUUGCCGACUAA